AUGAUGUACAUGCACAGCACGGGCGGGCCGAUGCUAUGCCUGUACGUCGGCUACUUCCUGCUUGGGUUUGGGGGCACCGGCAUCCAGACCGCGACCUUCCACCUCGCAAACCUCUUCCCGAACAUCCAGGGGACGCUGCUGGCCGCUUCGACCGCCAUCUUCGACGGCAGCACCAUCGUCUUCCCCAUUUUUUACUCGCUCACCGAAUCGGGCCUCGACCUGAGCAGCUGCUGGAUCGGCUACGCCGGCAUCGUGGCCGUCAUCCUCGUCAGCGGCGCCUUGCUGUGGCCGUCGCUCCCGUUCGCACCUCCCACGCCCUCCGCCGCCGAGCUCUCCGCCGCCGCCGAGCCUGCCGCCUCCUCCAAGGAGGUCAAAUGGAACGACGGGUGCGUCGUCUCGGCAUGA